GGAGACAUUGUAGACUGUGGCAUCCGUUUGUCCACACUGCACUGUGUGUCUGGUGCUGAAGCGGUCGGUUGUAGCUGAAUGAUUUGAUAAACAUGGACACCAUUCUCAGGACAGACAGGGUCAAUAUGGAAAGUGAACGCAGCAGCACACAGAAGUGUGGUGGCUGCUUGAAGGGCUGAUGACAGUGCGUCAGUGAUGGUUUGGCUGUCAUGACUGCUCUUAUUUGGCUACUCAUAUGGCUGCCUCAGGUCCUGUCAGCAAUGAGUGAGCUGCCCCAGCCUGUCAACCUUACUUUGACCUCAAGCCAUUUCAUUUAUAUGUUUAAAUGGCAGCCUGGACCGGGGACACCCACUGGAGUCUACUACAAUGUCACCAUUAACACAGACAAGGGAACAUCCUGGUUGCCAGUGGCUGGCUGCGCACAUGUCCAGCGCCCACUGGUUUGCAACCUCACAGAUGCCUUCUCCGACCCAAGACAAGUCUACUUAGUCCAGGUUACAGCACUGCUGAAAGCACAAACCUCACAACCUGCCAUCUACCCAGAUUUUAUACCCCUCAGAGAUACUCAACUGGACCUGCCACUGCUGAGAGUGACAACUUGUGGUAGAGAUCUAUGUGUGGACCUUCAGCCUCCCAUGGAACACCGAAGGGAGCUCUAUGAAAGUCUUAGUUACAAACUCAAGAUCGAGAGCGACAGUGCACACAGAGCCCAGGACACCAAGUCUUUGAAAAGACAGAUUUUGGAGGAUCUGGCCCCUGGCAGACAGUACUGUGUCUCAGUCCGCAUCUUUGAUAGCCUGGAGUCCAAGGAGUCCAACUAUAGCCAACCUGUAUGUGCUUUUACCUCUGGCAUCUACACUGCAGACAAGUGGAUCUCAGCUGUGUUCUGUUUGUUGGUGAUGUUCGGUGUGGUAAUCGGGGGCCUGCUGGUCUUCACUGGUUUCAUCUGUCUGAAAAGGAGGCCACAACCACUGGUCCUGACAUCCAUCCAUCACAUAGAAAGGGUUCUGAUCAUUGCGCCCUGCAGCACCUCCUUGUCUUCUCUCAUGAAUGUUAAACCAACACUGCACUCUUCAGGUGAAAAGAGGAGCAACCAGUCAUUAUCAGAUGAGAGCGAUGGGGAAAGUGGAACAGAGGGCACUGUGAUUGGUAUUUCCCUCCCCGCACCUUCCAACGUCUCCAUCUCUUCUUUCAACAUGGAGCAUUCAGUCAGCUUUCUGCCUGGUCCUGGGACCCCCUCUGACACCCACUUCACUGUCCAAAUCGUCUGCCACAGGAAGAACUGGAGACCGGUGGUAGACUGUUUGGAGCUGACAGCUGGACAGAUAUGCAACCUAACCAGAGUGUUCAAGGAUCCGUACACUCAGUACAAAGCCCGCGUCCAGGCCUUCACACCCACCCAGACAUCCAACUGGACUGUAUCAGCGUGGUUCCAGCCUCUGACAGACACUGUGUUGGGACCUCCUGAUGUGUCUGUGUCUGGCUGUGGGAACUGUUUGAUCCUGCAGCUCAGGGUUCCUGCAACAAGGGGGCUCCAACAGAACCUGCAGCUAAAAAGCCUCUACAGAGGAGUCAUCUUCCAUGUGCAAAGGACCAGGGAUGGGGCACAGUUCAGACUGAAUCUACCUUACAAUGAGGAGAAUGUGAUCACGUACCUGCAGCCAGGUGUAGAGUACUGUGUGACCGUCUCUGUUACAGCACUCUUGAACUCCAACCCUGUCUCCAGUAAACCUUACUGUGCCUUCACCAGCCGUCCUCCACCCAGAAGCUCAUUGUAUAUGGUCUUCGGCCUGCUGGGUGCUUUCUGUAUGAUGGGAAUCCUACGCAUUGGAUUGGUUGUUUAUGGUGGUCAGCUGAGCUUCAAGUUACUAAGACAACACCUAUCCAGAACUCUGUCGUAGCUACAUAAUAAAGGUUCUACCAACUGCCUCCUGCCUGCCCACAGCCCAACUCAACCAAUGAAGGGCAGCUCUGAUGGGGAAGAGGAAGAUUGUGAACUGGCAAUGAAAUGAAAAAUUUAAAGUGAAAGUGUUGGGGAGGGACAGGACUGAAGUUAAAGACCAGGAGAGUCUGAUUAGGUGGAGAUGAUUUGGCAGACUGGUUUUGAGAAUAGGAGAAAGUUGAGGGUAAAGUUUAUGGUUCAGUAUCAGAGUGAGGUGUUUUUGGAAACUUAUAGUUUGUGCAUUAUUAAUGUAAAGUAUUAUCUUUACUUCUUUAAAUGCUGCUGUCCAGCCUCUUAUCCUCUCGUGGUUACUGCUCUUACUGACCAGCUGUUAUGUGUUGUAAGGUGAAAAUGUGCCCUUUGAUUCCAUGAGCAUUUCACAGACCUGCUUUAAAUUUUUUGCUUUGAAUACUUUUCAUUAAAAAUUAAAACACAUUGCACAAUUAUUCUCCAGUACACCAUGUUUUAUUCACCAAAUGUAUUUGAUAUAUUGCCCUAAUUUAGAUGGUGAUGCCUUCAUCAAGGUGGUACUCCACCCUGAUGUGUGCAAGGUUUGGAAAACAUUUGGUGUCCAUAAUUAUGAAGGCAAGAUAGUUGAAAAUCAUUUGGUGAAUAAAGCAUAUUGUGCCGUAGAAGACUUGUUUUAACGUUUGCAGUGAGGCUAACACUGGUCUAUAUCUCGCUGUAUGUGCAUUCUUAGUCAUAAACUGUAGAGCUUCUCAGUGAACUUCAAUCUAAAUACAGUUCAUUGAUAAUCAUUUUCCCUAAACUACUUGAGAGUUUGAGAUUUAUUAUCAGUGUUCUUGG